AUGGCUGAAGCUGCACUCGGUUGUGUUAGUGUGAUCUUGAAUAAGAUACUUCCACUUGCUGCCGACGAGAUCAGCCGGGUAUGGGGUGUAAAGAAAGACCUUCAGAAGCUUGCCAAGAAAGUAGAGAUGAUGGAAGCUUUGAUUUUUGAUGCUAAGUGCAAGCAAUCAACAGGCAAAGCCGUGCAGCUCUGGCUCAAAAGGCUCCGGUCCAUAGCACGUGAUGCUGAGAUCGUGUUGGAUGACUUCGGAUAUGAAGUUCUGCGGCAGAAGGUUGAGAAUCGGAAGCGCGACAAGGUACGCAACUUCUUUUCUUCCUCAAAUCCUAUUUCCUUUCGUAGAGAGAUGGCUAACAAGAUCAAGAAUGUUAGCGCAUCUCUAGACGAAGCUUACAGAGAAGCAAAUCUGAUAGGGCUUCAUCCAGCUCAACUACCCAUGACAUCUGCUGAUCACAAAGAGGAUCGGUCGACUGAUCCUUUUGUGGACGAGUCACAAACGGUGGGAAGGGAGGUUGAGGUGUCUCAAGUUAUGGUGCUAAAAAAUGACAGUGUAGUGAAGCACUUUGAUAAAAAAAUAUGGGUAUGCGUGUCUGAUGAUUUCAAAGUGAAAAGGCUGUUGAAUGAGAUGCUACAAUCCCUCGAGGGAAAGAGUGCUGACACAACAAACACGGAAGCAUUGGUGAGGAAGCUUCAAGAAAAUCUGAAAGGAAAAAGUUACUUGCUUGUACUUGAUGAUGUUUGGAAUGAGAAUCGACAGAAAUGGGAUGGCAUGAGGAGACGUUUGUUGGCAAUUGGGGGUGCUCCGGGAAGCAAAAUAUUGGCUACCACACGUAGUGAUGAGGUAGCCUCAGCAAUGCAAACAUCUGGUUUGCAUCCUCUAGGCAUCCUCUCAGAUGAUCAUAGCUGGAUGUUGCUUGAAAAACUAGCAUUUGCAGACGGUGGUGCAAGAAAGACUCAAGAUCUGGUGGACAUUGGCAGAAGGAUACUGAAUAAGUGCGGCGGCGUGCCAUUAGCGAUCAAAGUGAUUGGGGGUUUGUUGUAUUCCAAAAAGGAUGCCUCGGAAUGGUUGAAGCUUGAGAAGAGUGAAAUAUGGAACGAGUCAACCAACACUGAAGGUGGAGUCAUUUCUGUCCUGAAGCUGAGUUACGAGAACUUACCUUCAUUGUCAGUGAAACAAUGCUUUGCAAGUUGUUCCAUUUUCCCGAAGGACACUGACAUGGAAAAAAAAAGCUUGAUACGGAUUUGGAUGGCCCAGGGAUUGAUUAAUGAUGCCAAGGGAGGAGGCCAUUUGCAAAUGGAGGAUAUAGGCAGUGACUACUUCAACAUAUUGCUUCGGAGUUCUUUGUUGCAAGCUGGUUAUAAAAAUUUCAUUUACGGAAUCAACUACUGCCGGAUGCACGACCUUGUGCAUGAUCUUUCAUUGCAAGUGUCAAAUAAUUGUUUCUUAAACACAGAGAAUGGCGUGGUAGUCAGUCACGAUGACGAAGUUAUGCAUUUGACCGUCAUUCGGAGUCGAGGGAAGAUGUUAAAGAAUAUCGAAGGGAUUCCUCCAAAUUUGCAAACGCUUUAUUAUAUUGGGGAUGAUGGUAUUAUGCUCGAAGACAUCUUGGAAAGGUCUAAAUACCUUUCUGUAUUAAAAGUAGCCUGCAGGGCUGUUACUUAUCUCCCGAAUGCAGUGGGUAAUAUGAAACAUUUAAGACAUCUUGAUAUGAGUCAAACUGAUAUCACCGUUCUGCCAGAUUCCAUCACAAAGCUCUACAAUUUGAUGACUUUGAAAGUAAGUCGCUUGGAAGAGAUACCUAAGAAGUUUAGCAAUUUAAUUAACUUGAGGCAUCUCGAGUUUUCCAUGGGUUUUGGGGAUCGGCCCCCAUAUUUGAUCCCUGGGAUUGGGCAGCUGGCUAAUCUUCGGACGUUGCCCUACUUCGUGGUAAGCCAAGACAAGGGAUGUCAGCUUGAGGAGCUGGAACACUUGCGCAACCUCCGAGGCGAGCUAAAAAUUUUUGGACUUGAGAAUGUGAGCAGCUUUGAAUCGGCAGCAAAAGCAAAGUUGUCCGAAAAAUCAAGCAUUCAAAGUUUAACACUUGAAUGGGAUGAUACAAAUGAAGAUUGCGAUGACGAGAAUAUCAAUAGUGUCAUGGAAGGUCUCCAACCUCGCCCAGACUUGAAAAUUUUAGCCAUUAAUGGUUUCAAAGGUUCAAGGUUUCCGUCGUGGAUGGUGGCAAAGGAUCACUUGAUGGUACUCCUAAGGAAUCUGGUACACCUCAGGUUGGAGAAAUUGGGUAAGUGUGAACAAGUACCAUCACUAGGGGACUUGCCUUGUCUCGAGUCCUUAGACAUGGUCUCCUUACACAAUGUGAAGCGCAUUGGGGCAGAAUUCUAUGGUCUCCUUACACAUCUCGAUAUUAAUGCAAGGAGCAGCGCUUCUUGUAGUAGCAGCACCAGUAGCAGAGAGGUGAAACCAGUCACUCUGUUUCCAAAACUAAGGCGUUUUGGGCUGCGGAACAUGAAAAGGCUAGAGGAGUGGUCAGAUGCAAUGGUUCCCUCGGAUUUUUCUUCAUCAAUUAAGGUAUUCCCUAAUCUCCGGUACUUGACAAUAUCCAAUCUCCCCAAGUUGGCAGUUUUACCAGAUAUGGAGAACUUAACGUCUGUUACGGAGUUGAGGAUAUGGGAAUGCAGAAGUCUGGCUUGUCUAAGGAAUUUGAACAACCUCACAUCUCUCGAAUCCUUACUCUUAGCUGGCUGCCCUGCUUUAUUAGAUGCUUCUCUAGAUAUGAACAACCCCCAAUCCCUACGUACUCUACACAUCUCAGGAUGUGAUAAGUUGAAUCCUUCAUUGAGUAAUAAUCUUAAGAAGUUCAUGUCGCUUGAGGAGUUGAGUAUCGUUUCUGAUGACCCAGGUUCUUGGCCAAUUAUGGUUCUCCACCAUCUGGCCAACCUCAGAUCGUUGACUCUCAGUGGCUUCUCUGACAUCCUUGACCUUGAUCAUUUCCCGUGGCCACACUCCACCACCAAUCUCGUCUCUCUGGAGCGUCUUGAAUUGCGUGGAUGGCCAAAAAUCACGUCUCUCCCAGACCAAAUUCAGCAUCUCUCUAACUUGAGAACUUUAGAUAUUGGGAAGUUUGAGGGGUUGGAAGUUCUUCCAGAGUGGAUGGGUAGCCUUCGGAAUCUUCAAUAUUUGUACAUUGGUGAUUGCUCUAACCUCAGACAAUUGCCUUCUGCAGAAGCAAUGCGACGCCUCACCAAUUUAUUUGAUCUACAUAUCAACAGCUGUCCUCUUUUAGCAGAGAGAUGCACCAAAGGAAGUGGCGCAGAGUGGCCCAAGAUUGCACAUAUUCCCUGGGUUGAAAUCCAUCCGUUGAACAAAGGACGACAUAUUACAGUUUUACAUGCAAAGUAUUUCCAUGAGGACACCUGCGUUACAGUUUUACAGUGUUACAUGCAAGCAGACAACUGA